UGCAGGGCCGGCAGGACAGGUCACACGGCAGAAGGAAUGUCCCCGGGAGCCCUGGGGUGCUUGGAAGUGCUGACACAAGGGUGACAGAGGGACACGUGAGCGGUCACGGUUCUUUCGAAACCAGACGGGAGGAUCCUGCAGGGAUCAUCCUCCCUGCUCCUCCCACAGGGCACUCGCUGAGCGCCGCAGGGGCUCAGGAGUUCUGCCUGGGGUCAGGGGAGCUCGUGGCCUUGCUUUUCCUCCCGUGCCUGCUUUGGGAUCCACAGGAAUCCUGGGGAUGGCUCCCAGGUAGCGCUGAAGCAGCUGAGGGUGAUGUUUGUGCCUCUGCCAAUGCUCUACAGGCAGUUUUACCAGGCCUGCAGAACGGGCAUCAUGGACCAGGCUCUCUCCAUCUAUUUCCUGCUGGGAUGGCUGGGCGGAGACCUCCUCAACCUCAUCGGUUCCUUCCUGGCUGAUCAGCUGCCCCUGCAGGUGUACACGGCCAUUUACUACGUGCUGGCAGACCUGGGGAUGCUCUCCCUCUACUGCUACUACCGGGUGAAGAACAGGGGCAGAGCGUUCCCUGCUCCCAUCAACGCAGCCUUUGUGUUCCUGUCCCUGGGGUCCCUGCCCAGCCUCUCCCUCCUGGGCAGUGCCAGCACCGAGGCUCCGGGGCCUUUCAGAGGGAGGUCUCUGCUGUCAGCUCCUGGGGAUGAGCUUGGACCAAAGCCUUUCUCCAGGACUGAAAUCAUUGGAUUUACCAUUGGCUCCAUCUCCUCCGUGCUCUACCUGUGCUCCCGAGUGCCCCAGAUCUGCACCAACUACAAGAGGAGAUCCACCAGCGGGGUCUCCUACUCUCUCUUUGCCCUGGUGAUGCUGGGGAAUUCCCUGUACGGCCUCAGUGUCCUCCUGAAGAACCCGGAGCCAGGCCAGGGCCAAGGUGACUACAUCCUGCACCACCUGCCCUGGCUCGUGGGCAGCCUGGGCGUCCUGGCCCUGGACGUGGUUAUCUCCUUCCAGUUCCUGGCCUAUCGGAAAGGACGGCCUGGGACCCUCGAGGAGAGGGAUGCACUCCUGGGGGAGCCUGAUGAGAGCCUGGAGAGCUGACAGAGGGACCUGCCCUGCAGGGAGAGGAGGAGGAGGAGGACGAUGCAGAUGAGGAAGGUGGCCUUAGGGCUGGGCAGACCAGCCCCUCCAUCCUGGUGGCUCCUGGCAGAAGAGGCCCUGAGCCCGUGGGUGACACGUUGUGCUGCCGAAGCCGUGGCAGAGGAUGCUGCUGGGACACCUGGUGCCUCUUGGAUACCAAUGAUGCUUUCAGGAUAAAAGGGAAUUUUUGGAUACCUCAGUUGCUCUUCGCUGCUCCGGUGCCCCACAGCUGAGCCUGGUCACUGCUGUGCCUGCCAAGGGGGAUCUGGAACUUCCUUGGUGCUGAAAAAUGUGGGGAGAGCGUGAGUGGGAUGGCUGACCUGCCACAGGCACGAGCACCCCUGUGACCUCACAGCUCCCCUUCAGCUCCUUCUGGAAGGCACGCAGGGCUGGAUCCAGUGGGAAAGGAGCAGCAGAACCAAAGUGUUCAGUCCACACCUAUUUUAAUCAGCAUGGCUCACCCAUCUAUAAAACAUGUCUUUCCCCA